UCGAGUACUAAUUUCCCAACAAUAACACUUGGCAGUCGCGUAUAUAGAUACAUAUUUACUAUGUAUAGCGUCUAUUAAAUAAGACUCGCUCGCGGACUUUAGUCGCUCGUCUCCGCGAUCUCUCCCUCCCUCCCUCUCGAUCGUCUAUAUCAUUCGUUGUACUCGCGUUCGGUCGAAAAAAAAAAAAGAUUAUCGGCUAUCGCGCGCACGCGCCCGCGUGUAUUAUAUAUGUAUAUACAACGUAAUAUAAAGUUUAUAACACGAGAAAAUCGUGCUGUGCACUUUGCAGUGAGAAUCAGCCGGAGCCGGAGUCGUGAGAGCCGCAGAGCAGCAGCAGCAGCAGUAGCAGCAUCGGCCUCGGGUGCUCGUGAAACUACUCGCUGAACACGAUGAAGCGCAUCUCGAGGCUCUGCUUGUCGGCGAUACAGCAGCAGCGAGCCACGACCACCACCACCACCACGGGACAGUAUGGGCUUCCGAGCAAAUCCACGUCGUCGUCGUCAUCGUCGUCUUCACCAGCAGUAGCCGCAGCGGAGAUGCCGGACUUGCGCGGUCCACCCUGGAUCGGACCGCUGGCCUCGAUCCUGGCCUCGGGAGGCGGCAAGUAUCUGCACGAGUACGCGGACAAGCGACACAAGCGAUACGGCUCGUGCUUUCGGGGGAGAGUGGGACCGACCCAGGCGUUGUUCGUCGCGGGCUCCGACGACAUCAGGGAGGUGUUUCGACUGGAGGGCGCGACGCCCCAGCACUUUUUGCCCGAGGCCUGGUCGCUCUACAACCAGCUGAGGGGACGCAAGCGCGGACUGUUGUUCAUGGAAGGCCAAGAGUGGCUCGAUUACCGGCGAGUGAUGAACAAGCUGCUGCUGGCCCCGGACUCGCUGGGCCACAUGAGCCGGCCCUGCGAGGAGACGGCCCGCGGCCUCCUCGACUCUUGGCGCGCCUACGAGGAUCCGCGCUGCGUGCCCGAUCUCGAGCAUCGGCUCUAUCAGUGGUCGAUCGAGGUGCUGCUGGCCACCCUGAUGGGCACGCCCUGGUCGGCCUAUCGGCCGCGCGUCUCCAGCGAGCUGGGCCGGCUGUCGCGCUGCCUCAGCGGCAUGUUCGAGCACUCGGUGGUGCUGGCCCGGCUGCCCGCAACCUGGGCCCAGCGACUCGGCCUGCCGGCCUGGCGCGGCUUCGUCGCCAAGACGGAUUACUCGUUCGAGACGGUCGAGCGGAUCGUCGACGAGAUGGCCAGAUGCCCCGAGACCGACGGACUGCUGAGGCGCAUGAUGGACAGCGGCGUGCGAGGCGAGAUGCUCAACAGGAUCGUCAUCGAUCUGAUUUUCGCAGCCGGUGAUACCACGGCCUACGCAAUGCAGUGGCUGCUGCUGUCGCUCGCGGCCAAUCCCGAGGUCCAGGAGGAGCUGCACGAGCUCACGAGGGGCCUGGAGACGCGAGAGAUACUGGCCCAGCCGCUGCUCAAGGGCGCCAUACGCGAGUCCAUGCGGCUCUAUCCGAUCGCGCCCUUCCUCACCAGAAUACUCACCCAGGACACUCUGCUGUCCGGCUACCCGGCCUACAAGGGCGAGCUCAUCGUCAUCUCGUUGUACACGAGCAGCCGGGACGAGGGCAACUUCGAGCGGGCGAGCGAGUUUCUGCCGCGCCGCUGGCUGCGCAACGACAAGGGCGAAUUCAACGGGGUGCUCUGCGCCAACAUGUCGCUGCCCUUCUCCAUGGGCGUGAGGAGCUGCAUCGGCCGCAAGCUCGCCGACGCCCAGAUCGCCAUCACCACGGCUGCGCUUCUAAAGAAAUACCAAAUCGACGUACUCAACAAGGACAGGGUGAAGAUAAAGCUCCGCUUGAUAUCCGCCCCGUCGAGACCAUUGGAGCUUCGACUGACGCCCAGGAAAGAGUGAAGAAAAGCCCCGCGCCCGUUUCCACCUCCCCCGCCGCCAAUCAGAAUAGAGAAGAGUCGCACCGAGGGGUUGGCGUUGCGACCGUCCAAUCGCAACGCCAACUUUUCUUCUUUCUUUCAUCCCUCCAUUAUUAUUAUUAUUAUUAUUUUUUUAGUCUCGAGCUAUCUUCGUUAAGUACAUAUUUCUACGUAAGAAUAUACUUUAUUGAUGUUUAAUUUUUAAAAACUAUCGACUGAUGAAUUAAAAUAUAUAAAUAUUUAUAAUUAUUUAUU